AUGGAUCAUGGAUCAAUGAGCAGCUCUUCAGCCGACUGCAAAGUCUCGAUGCUUUGGAACUGGUACACUACCGACGCAUGUUUCCUUACCGAAUCAUGGCAAAUCAAGAAUGCGGGCAUGUUUGCUGCCAGUUGCAUCGGCGUUGGUCUCCUUACCGUUUUCCUGGAAGUCUUUCGGAGGCUGGGUAAGGAGUACGACGCUCUAAUCCAGCGCCAGUUUCAGGCUCGCGCCGCCGAGAUACAGGCCCGCAUACCCAAAGAGACGACUUGUUGCGAACCUCCUGCCAUCGUUGCACCUCAGACACUUGUCUUCCGCGCAUCGCCUCUCCAACAACUCAUCCGCUCCAUAAUACACGCCGUCACAUUCGGCCUGGCCUACAUCGUCAUGUUGUUGGCCAUGUACUACAAUGGAUACCUUAUUAUCUCGAUUAUUAUCGGUGCUGGUCUGGGCAAGUUUCUCUGUGACUGGCUUGUGUGCCGGGUCACUCUUGAGGCGCCUACAGCCUCAACUCCCAAUGUUGCUGGCAUUGAGGAGCCAAGUGUCUGUUGUGGUUAA